GGAGGGGAAGUGUGUCCCGUGAAGAGCUGUUGGAAAACCUGCAGCCUCCGGGGAACGUGUGGCAAGAAAAUAGCCAUGCCUGUGAAUCUUUGUGUCUAUUUAUUUAUUUAGUCUAGACGCUGUCUCCGUGUGUUUUCACUUCAUCGCGCUCGUCAUCUGCCUUAUUCUUAUGUGUCUUUUAUAUAGGACAGCUCUCAUUCUCCCCCCAGGGUAGUCUGUUGUUUUAACGAUCUCCCUUCCUUCAUUCAGAUAGGAGGUAGUCAGAGAAGUGGCACAAAUGCUGAAGUUCUGUCUAUCUGUCUGUCUGUCUGUCUGUCUGUCUAGCUAGCUAUCUUUCUAUCUAUCCAUCUACCAUCUAUCUAUCUAUCUAUCUAUCUAUCUAUCUAUCUAUCUAUCUAUCUAUCAUCUAUCAAUUAUCUAUCAAAUGCCAUUCACCUAACCCUUCUCAUAAAUAUAGAACAUGUGCUUAGAGUGGAGGGUGGCUUCCAAUGGGUUAAGAAGACUUCAGUGUUGGGUGUGGUCUUACACAUCUUUAAUUCGAGCACUCAGGAGGCAGAAGCAAGCAGAUUUCUGUGACUUCAAGGCCAGUCUGGUCUGCAUGUGAAUUCCAGGUCAGUCAAGACUACAUAAUGAGACCCUGUCUCAAAAAGAGAAGGCAUCAGUAAAAUGUCAAGGGAAAGAGCUCUCCCAUCAAUGCUGUAGUGAGGACGAUAUCUGAAGUUGGUACAGUGACUUGAGCUACAAAUUUGCAUUGGACUACUUGAUAGAAAUUGGGAACCAUUAAUGUUAAUAUUAAUAUAAAGAAAUAUGACAUUUGGAAAAGCUGAUGACUAAAAUCAUUUUAGCAAUGAUGUUUAGUCUUCAGGACAAAGAUCCAACUUUCAUUUUGUCUGAAAUAAAUGUGGCAAUGUAGCUCAAGUGGUAAAAUUUUGGACUAGUAUGCAUGAAGCCCUGUAUUUGGUUCCAGCACUAAAUAAACUAAGUGGGGCAGCUUAUGCUUGUAAUUUUGGCACUGGAGGGUGGAGGGGGUGCCUGUGGGGGGAGUGAUGGAUGCAGAAGAAUCAGAAGUUCAAGGUCAAGGCUAGCCUGGGUUACACUGUGUGGAUUAUAACGUGUGAGCGGUUGACUCUGCAUUACCAAUAAUGCACCGGUGUCCCAUUAAGGAAAGAAAGAGAAUCACUUCCCUUUGUUUAAGGAAGAGAAUCUAGAUUUGAAUUCUCUACUUCACUCUCUCUGUCUUCUUCCUCGGUUGGUCUGCUGUAUGUGUCUCAGUCUCUUAGAUUAGCAGAAGGCUGAAUUUUGAGUCUGUGUGUCCCUGUGUCUGUGUGUCUAUCUGUCUUGUUUGUGGCUGCUCUGUGACUGUGUGCCUGGUGUCUGGAUCUCCCUAGCAAAAGGCUCUCUCUGCUCUGUCUUUAUUGAACUGCAUGGAAAGCUUCACUUGGGGGGAAGCAGUGAUGAAUACUUAACAAAAAUCUUCAACAGAGUUGAACAAGGGAUUAAGUCACUGGCUCCAACUGACCCAGAUAGCAAAUAUCAUUGGUUAUCAACCAGUACCCAUAAAUGGAGGCUUUCAACCUUUAAGGUUGAUUUUAGGAAGUUGCUCUCAACUUCUGUAUUUGCCGCUUUCAGCAAAUGAGACAGAGGCGUUCCCCUGGGUCAGGGGCAGGGAAGAGGACAUAACUUAAGAUUGCAGCUGUGCAUUAGCUUAGGUUGUCAGAACUGAUCACACAGCAAGUAAGUUUGGUUGUCACAUUGUUCUCUUAAAGUCAGGCAUAACAGGCCAGCAGUCUCAGUGGUAAGUGAUUUCAAGGCAUCUUGUUCACUUUGACUUCGAGGUCCAGCCAAAGCUUCAAUCUCUUAGGAUGUGAGAGAUAUUUUUAGAAUAUUGUAUCACCACAAUACAUGAGCUUACCUAGGGUUUUCUGUGGAAUGUUGUACUUGGCAACCAAAAGAUACUCACCUCUCUUCCAUGGACUAGACAGCACCAUCUGACCAGGACUGUUGGCUUUAGAAAGCCCCAGACAGCCAUAUUUUAGUAGCAAAGUAAACACAAUGGUAUAGUAAGAAUGAAAGUUGGAAAGUAAUGAAUCAACAUUACUCCUAAAUAUGUCAAGAUUAAGGCAAUUUUCAGUUCUAUUCCCAACUCCUCCUCCCACACUCUAACAAUAUUUUGACCUCAUUUUCCCCUAGAUUUUAAAAGGUGUCAGUGAUGACCACAUUGCAACAGCCAUAGUCUUAGGAGACUUGGUACAUGUUUGUGCAGAUCUGGAAUAUUACUGAACACCAUUCAGACUUAAAUGGUUUGACUUACAUAGCUAUACUAGAUAUUAUUCUUUUAAAUUUUUAUUUAUUUUUAUAUGGAUGGGUCUUUUGUCAGUAUGUAUGUCUGUGUACCAUGUGUGGGUCUGGUGCCCGUGGAAGCCAGAAGAGGAUGUUGGAUCCUCUGGAACUGGAGUUACAGAUAGUUGUGAGCUGCCAUGUGGGUUCUGGGAAUCAAACCUGGGUCCUCUGGAAGAACAGCUCUUAAUCAUUCAGUCAUCUCUCCAGGCCCAACUGAAUAGUAAACAAAUCAAGCAAUUCUGGAAAGUACAUAGUGUGACAAAGGAAAAGAAUAGGAACAGGGCCUUUCCAGAAACUUCCUUAGUAUUCACGCCCCUGAGAGCUCACAGAUUCAAGAAGGUUGAAGCUCUUUCCUUUUCUGAGUGAAGGCCACACACUCUGGAGCUCUGGGAACUGCUGAGAUGAGAAAACACUAUCAUGGUGCUUUCCCUGCCCAGUGUCUGCAUCUUGCAUGUUAGGGUAGAGCAUUUUAAGGACUGCUAAAGUCCCGCCGUGAGCCUGUGGGAAGAGCUUGCAUCUGGAAGGGUUUGCAUCAGUUCACAGCUCUGUCAUUACUAGCAGUGUGAACUUAGUCAGCCCUCAUGUUUCAGUAGCCCAUUUUAUUAAUUCAUGGGGAUUACAGCGGCUACUCUAAAGGUUUAUGUUUAGAAUUCAGUGAGUAGUAUACGUGAGUGUCUGCUGGUACUUAAUAUUUCUUAGCACUUUGGUGAUGUUAUUUCUAUACUCUGUUAAUACAGAUGAGUUUCAUCAUGUCCAUCCCCAAACCUAACACGAGUAUGCAACAGCUGGUACCUUCCUUCUUCCUAAAUGGUGUUGACUCAGAGGGCUGCAUGGCGUAGCACUGCACACAUUGUUUUGACUUGGUGUGGGGCUCUGCAUAUCAAACUAACUGGAUCUGUGUCCUCUAUAGUGAAUGCUGGAGGUAUUUCCACAAAGGCUUUCUUGUCUAUAUUUGUUAAGGCCUUGAAGGUACAAAAGCUUGGAUCCCUCUGGGAACAGGCUAGCUGACCUUGGACAAACCUUUCACCCUCUCUGGUGUUCAGUUUCCCUAUCCACAUCAAACAGCCCUCCAGGGGACAUUCCCAUGUAAAGUCUCGAAUGUUCUUUGCUCGGUACCCACUAAGCACCCUUUAUGGUCAAGUGGGAAUCACCAAGACCCUGGGAGAGGAGGAGAAACAGGAGGGGAGAGUACUUGCCCAACCAGGCUGACUCAAAACAGGAAGAGGAAGUGACUGUGGUUCUUAGUAGGCGUGCGGCCUGCCCCCUCACCACUGUUUCUUUCAGGUCAGCCUUGAAUAAAUUGAGUGUGGGGAUGGCUUUCUAAUUCAGAGCCGAGCUUAAGUGAUUCUUCCAUCUCUCAUCAGUUGUAGAGAGAAAUGGCCCAAUGGUCAAGGGCUAUCGCACCGCCGUGCUCCCCACGCCUGCCUACUCUUCUUCUUGCUCUCUUCCCCCUUGACUAGUGAAGCGUCCUUACCACCCUCAAACAGUGAUUCGUAAACUCUCCGUGGGAGAGGACAGAGGUUUUUGUCUGUUGUUCGUCUGCUUUUCUAAAAUAAAAUAUAACUGAAAAACGACGACAUAGAGGAUAGAAGCACAAUUUUUACUUCUGGAUUCAACAGAUACGAGAGCACCAUGUAAACCUCUUGUUCGUGUUUCUAAAACCAUACUCUUGAUUUUUAUCUUCUUUUCUUAGUGGAAAAGAAACAAGUCAGCUCCCAGAAUGCCCUGCGAACAGUGUUGUGGGCAUCACUGUUGCUCAAAUCUUAAUUGGUAUUUUUAAAAACCCAGAGCCAGAUAUUGGGGUAAAUGCUGAAAGAUCAGAGGGACAAGGGAACAAGCCACAGCCACCUCUUACCUCUAGGACUCCUCAGCCUGAAAAGGGCUUUUUAGUUCCUGUAUCCUCGUGCCUUAUAUACCUUUCUCCACCCAGCCAUAUCCUUCUUAGUGCUGGGAUUAAAGGUGUGUGUGUGCUUCCCAAGCAAAGGCAUGAGAUCUCAAGUGCUGGGAUUAAAGCUGUGUGCCACCACUGCCUGGCUCUGUUUCUCUCCUAGACUGAAUCAAUAUCAUGUAGUCCACAGUGGCUUUGAACUCAGAGAUCCAGACAGAUCUCUGCCUCCCGAGUGCUAAGAUUAAGGGCGUGUGCCACCACUGCCUGGCAUCUAUGUUUAAUCUAGUGGCUUGUUAUAUUCUCUGAUCUUCAGGCAAAUUUUCUUAGGGUACACAAUAUAUCACCAUACAGCACUACACUGGACAAGGCCUUCCUGUGCUUCCUGAAGCCUUUAGAUUAGGUCUCACUGAGAAAUAGCUGUAAGUAUCUGCCUCAGCGGCUUACCUGAUUUCUGUGUCCUACCAUUUUACACAAAGUAGAAAUGAAGAAUAACACAGUACCAGACAGAGUACUAAAAUAGAACCCCAGAGGUCCAGGGAUGGGUGCCAGAUCUGCUCUGGCAGCACUCAGGGCAUUAAAGAGAAUAAUUUCACCACUCUCCUCUGUUUACCCAUGUGACUGGAGAUAUCAAUACUGGCCCUCCUUACCUCACAGGGGUACUGUAAAGAACCAUAGCUAUAACAUGAGAAUAAAGGGCAACAUGUAUUGUGUCUUGUCAUGCAGUCAUGCAUGUCUUUAAUAGAUGGUAAUGUGAUUCUGAUAGCACAGAAAAGAUAUUCAUUCUUGAUUUUAACAAUUUAUCUAAGGAUUUAGACAUAAUAUAGACAAAUAUUUUGAAUUCAACUCAGUCUGAAUCUAUGGGCUGAGUACUUAUCCACUAUGUCAUAUUAUUUCUAUUAAACCCAUUUUGUCAUGUCCAUGAUUCUCUUUUAAAAAUGGAAUGUGAAUUCCCAUGAUCAACUAUCACCUUUCCCUGAGGCUGCUGUUCUGUUGAAAGCAGCUGAUUAUAUUAUAGUCUGGUCUUAACGACGUGCCAUACUCACGGCAUAAGCAUGGGCCUCUUCACGAGUACAUUCAUUUAAUAUUUUCUUAUUUAAAAAAAUCAAUGUUGUUAAUGUGUAAUCAUCAUAGACAAAUGGUUCAGUGAAUUUUGAUAAUACUGCAAGUAACCACCAAUACAAUCAGGACAGGGAGGAUUUCAGUUAUGACUAAAAUUCCUCUCUGUCUCUGUAGUUGGCGCCCGCUUGCCCAGUCCACACAAAAACGCUGACCUAUAUCUUGUCAGUGUUGGGUAGUUAGUCUGGUCUCUCUAGAGUUUCAGUAAACGAAUAACAUAGACUACACUCUCUUGUGUUGGCAUGUUUUUUUGUUUUUACUUAGAAUGUUUUUGAAAUCUAGCUAGAGCAUUACAUACGUUGGUCUUUUAUUUCUUGUCAAAUAAUAUCCAUUGUGUUUAUUCAUGGCUCUGUUGUUGGACAUCUGCGUCUAUAAGCAUAUCAAGAGCAUUUGAACACAAAUCUCUUUGUCGGCAUAUAUUUUUAUAUUUCCCAGGGUAUAGUUAAAAAAUCUAAUUGCUUAUUCAUAUAGUCAGUGUGUGUUUACCUUUUGAGAAACUGCCAAUCUAUUUUCCAAAAGGAAGUUAGCAUAAUUGAUUUUUGCCAGAAAUGUAUAUGUUUCACUUAGACCAUGUCUUUGCCAAUACUUAUUAUUGUUGAUAGUUUGAACUUUUGUAGUUGUUGUUUUUUCACUCUUUUGGGGAUCACCAUCCAGCUCCUAAAUAAGUCACACAGGGAGGCUUAUUCUUAAUUAUGAAUGCCUGGCCUUAGCUUGGCUUGUUUCUUGCCAGCUUUUCUUAAAGUAUCUCAUCUACCUUUUGCCUCUGGGCCUUUACCUUUCUCUAUUUUUGUAUACCUUUCUGUUUUACUCUGUUGCUGGUUGGGUAGCUCAGGGGUUGGCUCCUAAUGUCCUCCUCCUUCUCUCGAUCCUAGAUCUCUCUUCGCCCAGAUUUCUCCUACUACACAUCCUCUCUGCCUGCCAGCCCCACCUAUCCUUUCCCCUGCCUUGCUAUUGACCAUUCAGUUCUUUAUUAGACCAUCGGGUGUUUUAGACAGGCAUAAAAACACAGCUUCACAGAGUUAAACAUAAACAGAAGUAACACACCUUAAAAUAAUAUUCUAUAACAAAUUUUAGCCACUCUGUGGGUAUGUGGUGAUUUUAAUUUGUAUUUCUUGGGUGAGUAAACUUUAUUAAGUCUUUUGCAUAUGCCAUCCAUGUCUCUUCAUCCAUCUUCUUUCUGGAAUGUAUGUUCAAAUAUUUCCUUGCCUUUAAAAUGAACUGUCUUCUACUGUCUUCUUACUGAGUUCUCUCUAUAUUUUAGGAACAGAUCUUUUGUGAGAUGUAUGUUCUAUAAAUACUUAUCCAAGAGUAAUGAUUGUUCUUUUAGUUUCUUGGUGAUAUUAUUUUGUAGGCAUGAGAUUUGAAUUCUGAGGAAGUCUAAUUUAUAUAAAAAAAGAUUUUUAUAAUUAGUUGGUUACUUUUUGUUGGUUUGUUGUUGUCAAAGAAAAAAAUUUACCUCGAAGUUGUGAAGAUCAUCUCUAACAUUUGGUUCAAUUUAAAAUUUGUGUCUUUAAUAUUUAUGUGCAACAUGAAGUUGAGAUCAAGGUUCAUCUUCUAUGGAUAUCCAGUUGCCAAACACAGUCCAAACUGUCCUUUUUCCACUGACUUGGCAGGUUUCUGUGACCUUCUGUGUGGUUGGUUUCUGGACUCUUUUCUGCCUCAUUAAGCAAUGUGUUUGCCCUGGCAGCACAGCUACCACAGUGCAAUGACUGUUGUAGUCGUUCGCAUCCACCAGCUGAGGAGCAAAGUGUCCGAGGAGCAUGACAUUCUCAAGAAGAAAGAGCUGGAGUCGGGGCCUAAAGCAUCCCAUGGCUACGGAGGUCGGUUUGGAGUGGAAAGAGACCGGAUGGACAAGAGUGCGGUGGGCCACGAGUACGUUGCUGACGUGGAGAAACACUCUUCCCAGACUGAUGCCGCCAGAGGCUUUGGGGGCAAAUAUGGAGUUGAGAGGGACCGGGCAGACAAGUCAGCAGUGGGCUUUGAUUACAAAGGAGAAGUGGAGAAGCAUGCAUCUCAGAAAGAUUACUCCCAUGGCUUUGGUGGCCGCUAUGGGGUAGAGAAGGAUAAACGGGACAAAGCCGCUCUAGGCUAUGACUACAAGGGAGAGACAGAGAAGCAUGAGUCUCAGCGAGACUAUGCCAAGGGCUUUGGUGGCCAAUAUGGAAUCCAGAAGGACCGAGUGGAUAAGUCAGCAGUGGGCUUUGAUUACAAAGGAGAAGUGGAGAAGCAUGCAUCUCAGAAAGAUUACUCCCAUGGCUUUGGUGGCCGCUAUGGGGUAGAGAAGGAUAAACGGGACAAAGCCGCUCUAGGUUAUGACUACAAGGGAGAGACAGAGAAGCAUGAGUCUCAGCGAGACUAUGCCAAGGGCUUUGGUGGCCAAUAUGGAAUCCAGAAGGACCGAGUGGAUAAGAGUGCUGUUGGCUUCAAUGAAAUGGAGGCCCCAACCACCGCGUAUAAGAAAACCACACCCAUAGAAGCCGCUUCCAGCGGUGCCCGUGGGCUGAAGGCAAAAUUUGAGUCCAUGGCUGAGGAGAAGAGGAAGCAAGAGGAAGAAGAGAAGACACAGCAGAUGGCCAGGCAGCAACAGGAGCGAAAGGCUGUGGUAAAGAUGAGCCGCGAUGCUCAGCAGCCGGUGGAGCCUGCGGAAGAACCAGCAGUACCCGCCCCAUUGCCCAAGAAGAUCUCCUCAGAGGUUUGGCCUCCAGCCGAGAGUCACCGACCACCUGAACCCGAGCCUGUGAGAAGCGGAAGGGAACACCCUGUGCCUUCUCUGCCCAGGAUGCAGACUCCACCGCAGAAUCCCCUGGAGGACAGCGAGGAGCCCCCAGCUCUGCCCCCUAGGACUCCAGAAGGCCUCCAGCUGGUGGAAGAGCCAGUGUAUGAAGCAGCGCCUGAGCAGGAGCCUGAGAACGACUAUGAGGAUGUUGGGGAGCUAGAUCGGCAGGAGGAGGAUGCAGAGGGAGACUAUGAGGAUGUCCUGGAGCCUGAGAAUACCCCUUCUCUGUCCUACCAGGCUGGAUCGUCAGCCGGGGCUGGUGGGGCAGGGACCUCUGCUGUAGCCCUGUAUGAUUACCAAGGAGAGGGAAGCGAUGAGCUUUCCUUUGAUCCAGAUGACAUCAUCACUGACAUUGAGAUGGUGGAUGAAGGCUGGUGGCGGGGCCGUUGCCAUGGCCACUUUGGACUCUUUCCUGCAAACUACGUCAAGCUCCUCUAGUGACCAUCCCCAUUGUCUUUUGCUACUCUGAUUCCUCAUGUUCAAAGUGGCGCGGCUUCCCUCUACCCACGCCACAGUACUGCUGCAAGGACCUAAUAGAACGUCAUGGGCGCCUGAGGUUCAGACAGACCUCCCUCUCCUGCUUCAUUAAGAGCUUUCGGCAGAGCCAGCAUGAGGCAGGGGCCUUCCCUCUGUGCCCACUCUUCCCUGGAGUAGCUCAUGGAAUCAUCUUGUGGUCCUGCCUCCUCCACCCACACCCCACAUUGCCCGCCUCCCUCUUGAGUGCUGGUGUUCCUGUGUGUUGGCCUAGAGGGAAGCCUAGGCUGCCUGAUUUACCUGGUUGUGCUUUUUGCUCGUUUUUCCUCUCUUAAGAGACAAAUCGGAACUGUCCUUCUGUUUAGUCCUAAAACUGAAAAUAAAGCGAGACCGUGGCUUAGCUUUG